CAUGCGGCAGUCUUACCCCAUCCCUCCCUCCCUCAUACUCUCUCUCUUUCUCUUUCUCUCUUAGUCUCUCCUUCCCUCUCGCUCACAAGGAUCUCUCAGCGAGCAUGAGAAGACACAACUGAGUGGACAUUCACACCGGACUGCUGGACACUCCUGGAUGACCUGCAAAGGACAACUCUGCGACUGAGAUUUCUGCACAUUUCUACACACAUACAGCUCUACUCAGCACCAUGACCAGAAAGGUGUUCACCAACACAAGGGAGCGCUGGCGCCAGCACAACGUCAACACCGCCUUCGCCGAGCUUCGCAAGCUCAUCCCCACCCAUCCUCCAGAGAAGAAGCUGAGCAAGAACGAGAUCCUGCGUCUGGCCAUGCGCUACAUCAACUUCCUGGUGCAGCUGCUGGAGAGCCAGACCGGCCAGCCGGCCAGCCACUCCCCCACCGCUCUGCUCACCUUCCUCAGAGGAAACAUGGAGCAACUGAUCUCCCCUCCACACCCCUGGGCCCUGACCAGCGACACAGAAGUCCCGUCACCUGGAUCCAGCUGCGACAGCUCCGAGGCCUGGUAG